AUGGCAUUUGUCAAGGCUACAACCGUCGUGCUGCUCGCCAUCGCCGCCGUGGUCGCAGGCCGCAGCCUGCUGGCAACCCUGUCUCCCGUCGACAUCGGCCGUCCCUGCACCCUGGUCGGCUCCAACUCGGCCAGUAUCGUCGCUAACUCUAACGGCGGAGCUUGCGCAAGCUGCGGUUCCGGCACCACCGCCACCAAGCCCACCGAUGGCUGCACCUUCAAGCCUCUGACCAUCAAGGCCGGCGACAGCAUCCCCUUCUACUACCACAGCAGCACCCACAACCUUUUCCUGGACUCGGCUCCUUGCCGUUUCGAGAAGGAGGUCUGCAAGUCGGCCAACUCUUCCGUCAUCACCGCCUCCAGCCCUUGCACCGUCACCUUCCCGACUGCCGGCACCUUCUACAUCUCAGACAAGGCUGGCACCAAUGGCGCUUACUGCUCUGACUUCCUCACCAACGUGAAAAUCACCGUCACCUGA